AGGUGUGAAUACAAAUUCACAACAAAUUAAAAUGUCUAUCCUCAUAAUUUCGUAAAACAAUUAGCACAUGAACUUUUUGCCUUCUCACUAAUUACUAUAUUUCAAUAAUAGCUACUAUUACUUAAUGAGUUACAAAUAUACCUCUUGUGUUUCUUAAAAUUGAAUAAUUAAUGCCUUGGAGUAAUGAGUAUUUGGGAUGAAAUUUUCUGAUGGACUAAAGAAUCUCAUGUCCAUACAUAGAUGGAGCUAGACUUGCAAUCUUGUGCUAGGCUGCUCAGCACAAUCAACAGCAACCAAUCUCUCCCACAUGGAAAGCAACUCCACCUUGUUUUCCUCAAAAGGGGCAUCCUUAACUCUGCUCUCACAAUAGCCAAUCGCCUUCUCCAAAUGUACACUAAGUGUGGACAAAUAACUGAUGCAAGAAACCUGUUCGAUGAAAUGUCUGAGAGAAACUGUUUCACUUGGAAUACCAUGAUUGAAGGGUACAUGAAAUGGGGAAAGAUAAAUAACUCUUUAGACUUGUUUCGUUUAAUGCCUAACAAGAAUGAGUUUUCUUGGAAUGUGGUGAUUCUUGGUCUUGUUAAAGCUGAGGAAUUGAGUGUUGCUAGAAGACUUUUGCAUGAAAUGCCAUCGAAAAACGAAAAAGUUUGGAAUUCACUUAUUCAUGGAUACGCGAAAACGGGUUUCCCUGGAAUGGCUUUACGCUUGUUUAAGGAGUUUAUAGACUGGGAUUUACGUGAAAUGGAUUCAUUUGUUUUGGCAACUGCAUUAGGGGCUUGUGCUGAUGCAAGAAGUGUUGAUUUAGGGAAGCAAAUUCAUGCUCGUAUUAUAGUGGAUGAAGUUGAAAUUGAUUCCGUGUUGGCAAGUUCUUUAGUUAACAUGUAUGGAAAAGGUGGUGAUUUGGAUAGCGCGAGCUAUAUUUUGAGUAGAAUGCAGAAUCCUGAUAACUUUUCCCUGUCAGCGUUGAUAUCAGCAUAUUCAAACUGUGGUAGAAUGGAUGAUGCUAGAAGGAUCUUCAAUCUGGUAACUGAUCCUUGUAUUGUGUUAUGGAAUUCCAUGAUAGCAGGGUAUGUGGUAUGCGAUAAAGUGUUGGAAGCAUUGUUGCUUUUUGAGGAGAUGCACAGAGAGGGAGUUAUAGGGGAUUCCUCUACAUUAGCUAGUGUAUUGAAUGCCUGUGCUAGUGCACAUGCCGUUAAAAAUUGUUUGCAAGUUCAUGUUUAUGGUUUUAAGCUUGGACUGUUGGAUGACCUUUUUGUUGCUAGUGCACUCAUUGAUACAUAUGCUAAAUGUGGAUGUCCUGAUGAAGCUUCCAAAGUUUUUAACGAACUUAAAAUACAUGAUACCGUCUUGCUAAAUUCUAUGAUUACCAUUUAUUUUAAUUGCAACAGAAUUGAAGACGCAAGGCAAUUAUUUGAGUUAAUGCCCUAUAAGAGUUUAAUAUCUUGGAACUCUAUGAUAAUUGGUCUUAAUCAAAAUGGUUGUCCAGUUGAAGCACUGGAUAUUUUCUACAGGAUGAAUAGGAUGGAUUUUAGGAUGGACAAAUUUAGCUUUUCAAGUGUGAUCAGUGCUUGUGCAAGCAUUGCAUCAGUUGAACUUGGUGAACAGAUUUUUGCAAGAGCUGUUAUCAUCGGCAUUGACUGUGAUCAAAUAAUUUCUACCUCCUUAAUUGAUUUCUACUGCAAGUGUGGUUUUGUUACUGAUGCCAGGAAGCUCUUUGACCAAAUGAUUAAAUCUGACGAGGUUUCGUGGAAUUCUAUGUUGAUGGGUUGUGCUACAAAUGGUCACGGAAAUGAAGCAUUGAAUCUAUUCCACGAAAUGAGAGGUGUGGGUGUUUCGCCAACAAAUAUCACAUUUAUUGGUGUAUUGUCUGCCUGUGAUCAUUGUGGUCUACUAGAAGAGGGAAAAAAGUGGUUUUAUUCAAUGAGUAACGAUUACCACAUUGAUCCAGGGAUUGAACAUUACUCAUGUAUGGUAGAUCUUUAUGCACGAGCAGGAUGUCUUGAAGAAGCUAUGAACCUCAUUGAAAAGAUGCCAUUUGAGGCAGAUUCAAGCAUGUGGCUAUCCAUUUUGAGAGGAUGUGUAGCUCAUGGUAAUAAGAUACUAGGAGAGCUCGUGGCCCACCGCAUUAUAGAGCUUGAUCCUGAGAAUUCAGGUGCUUUCGUGCAGUUAUCAAACGUAUUUGCUACUUCCGAGGACUGGGAAAGAUCUGCUUCGGUCCGGAGGCUGAUGAUAGAAAAGAAAAUCCAUAAGAGUUCUGCUCGAAGUUGGAGUGAUAUAUGAGAAUAAGUGCAGGGGUACAGGUCUCCGGAUAAUUAUUACAGCAGUGGGAGAAGUACUGUGAGAUUGGUAUAGUGAUCAUGGUUCAUGGGGAUAAAAAAGACCUGGUCUUACCUCCUAUAGUAGCAACAACCCAAGUAAUUAUUAUUCCUGCGCCCUUCAAAGGAUGCUGACACUCGAGGGAUAUUUGAUGCAUGUGCUGCCGUGGUAGAAAACUUGAAUGAAUCAGGUAUUCAUGCUGAGACAAACUUCAGAGACAACUAUUUCUUGGCUGGAAAUAGUUUUGCUGGGAGAAUGAAGGGAACCAGGACAAAAGGGCCUUGCAGACAACCAGAAUGGCCUCGUUGUUCAUCAAUGCUAUUCACUUCCAGCUCAGUCCCUGCUUUCAGGGGGAAAAAAAAAAAAGCACUUAACAAGCUAGAAAACAGAUGGCUAAGGCAUAAUGGCUUUCGUUCAGCUGAAGAGGCAUGAUGUUGCUGUGGAACACAUCAGCCGAUGAAAGAGUGGUUUAGCUAAACGAGGGAGUUGGUUAGGACUGCAUCUAAAGCAUUCUUCGACUGCAUUCCUGAGUUGGUACGUUCGUAUAUACUUCUUAUUUUGCCAUACUUUUGGCAACUGAUCUAAAUUAGAUUCUUCUUCUACCUCUCGAUACAUACAAUUUAUUCAUGUUUUAGAUAUUUUCUCCAAUACUUUGCAUGGUAUGGUUUGCGCUUUGCAAGUUAAAUUCAAUUACUUGGACAAAUCUUCUCUUAUCGGGAAAUAUAGGGGCCAGGUCCCUAAGGGGGUCAAGAAAGUUCAUUCAUAUCUAGAAUUCUUUCUUGUCUUUGGCCUGAAUUAACCUUAAAAGACGUUAGGACAUGGACCAAAGAAUUCAAAUAAAGUAGCUUGCAGAUCUCAUGUCUUCGUUUUUGAACAUUGUCUUCAUUAAACUCAUUAGCAUUACAGCUAUCAACUCUAUGAUCCAAAUUAAUAACUCAUAAAAUAUGACAUUUAUGUGAUUCACUUUACUCUUUACUGCCUAAUAGACUCUUGAGAACACGCGCAAAAGAUUUUUCAAAAUUUGAACCG